AUGGGGCCCACCCUCGAGGAUGUGUUCAUGUUACUGCGUCUGGAAGUGACCGGCCCUGAUGCCUUCUACCCUGAGCGGACACCCCCCGAGGAUGACUCUUUGAUCCAAUCUCUAAAGCUAAAUCUGCAAACUUGUGGUCGGUGGAGUUCCGUAUUUGAUGGUUCAGUGAGGAGGACUAGUCGAGUGAGGGCGGACCGUGCCUCCUACACCGCAUGGAUCCGUCACUUCUUCAGAGAUCUUCAGCCCCUGACUAGAGAUGCUAACCUUGAUUCUCGGGAGUAUGAGGUCGGCCCGAUGUAUGACUCUAGGCUCUAUUUUUUGGGAUUUCUGGCUUGCUUCCUUUCAUUCUUCAUUCUUUCGGGCACACCUCCGAAUUCUCUCAAUCCUUUCGUCUUCCCCUUGGCAGUUAGGCUCUUCAGAGGGGAUCGGAUUCCUUUGGCUCCGCUAUUUCUUGGGAAUCUUUAUUACCAGCUGGAUCUACUACAUCGAGACAUGGUUCGUUCUGUGGGUCGAUAUGAGCCUGCCUCCUUUAUUCACAGCCAGUUUCUGCUUUGUUUCUUCUUCGAGAGGUUCUCAAAGUUUGUCCCUACUCCGACUGCAUUCGAGGCAGAGGUUCUUCGGGAGAUAGUAGAUAAAGAUGGUAUUCCCGUGCUCGGUACUGACAGGUCUCGGACAUUUGAGAAAGCGAAGUCUUACCAACCGUUGAUUACACGUUGGUCACGUACCAUUUCCACCUUAUCUUUGAAUACUCUAGUGGAUGAUCCCCGGCGCUUUGUGGCACGACCAUAUGUAUGCCCACCGGUGGGUGUGGCAACACCACUUAUCUAUCACGGUUUCUCCCGCUCGGUGUCCUUUCCUUUGCCGAAGAACAUCCCUGCACACUUUAUUGUUAUGCUGAUAAUGACCCGUCAGAGUUUAUUACCGGUAUGGCAUAAGGAAGGCGUUGAUAGUGCCGUUUAUAGACCUGACCGUGUAGCAUGUCAAUUCGGGUUUGACCAAUGUGCCCCGGGGCCAGCACCUCCUUUGUUAUCAUUUUCAGAGAGCUACGGGCGCUUCAGUCGCAGACUUGUACACACCAUGCUUUCUAUAUCCGGCUCUUUGACGAUGUCAGGCUUGAGCCGAGUAGGGGGUUUCACCCCCUCUUUCAGGCGAUAUUGGCGGAAGACUAUCGAUGCAUUUAUUGAAUUUGACCAGAGCAGACUGAUCAUAUGUUUGCCUCCGCUGAUUUAUAAGAAGGACUCUUCUCUUCGGCUGCCCGAGAGCCGGAAAUCUGAUCACAUGGACGAGAGUUUCUUCACUUCAUCUGCUCCAACUAACCCUUCGGCUCGGGUGUCUACUUCUAGCUUGGCAAUUACUUCUCCAUAG